AUGGCAUUUACAGGCAUUGCAUUCAUACUUCUGCCAGAAGGACGCACAACCCACAAGACAUUUGGUCUUAAAGUUCCUUUGACUAAUGAUUCAAAAUCAUCAAUCAAACGUGGAUCUUCAAAAUUCAAGGAAUUGGAAGCAGUCAACAUGUUCAUGAUGGAUGAAGCACCAAUGCUUCCUAAAUACGGUCUUGACUGCAUGUACGAGCUCCUUCGUGAUCUAGGUGACAGGAACUCCCCAUUUGGCGGGAAAAUAAUGAUUUUAGGAGGAGAUUUUCGACAGUGUCUACCGGUCCAGCCAAGGGCAAAUCGUACCGAACUUCUAGACCUUUCCAUCAAGAAAAGUGUUCUCUGGAGGUACUUCAGGGUUUUCUCUCUGGAACAAAAUAUGAGAGUUGAUGCGGAAGAGGAGUGCUUUGCUAGGUACCUACUGAAACUUGGAAAUGGAGAGCUUGAUACCAACGCUGAUAGUGAAAUUGAACUCCCUAAUGACAUCAUCACUAAUACUAAUGACAUUGUUAACGAGAUCUAUGGAGAAUGUCUCUCCGACGGAAACUUUGAGUACAUGAAGGAUCGAGCAAUUCUUGCACCCCUAAACAAGGACGUCGACACAAUUAACAACACCGUUAUCAAUUUAAUUCCUGGAACCGAGACCAUUUAUAAAAGUUACGAUUCAAUUAAAGAUGAACCAGAAGGUGCCUUAAAGUUCCCCCAGAAUUCCUAA